CUGGGAAUGCUGUGUUGGACAGACCGAGUGAUCAAGAUGAGGAAGGCUCAGCUGCAGGAGGAGGGAGAGCUGGAGAAGGUCAGGAGCAAGAGGCACCUGGACUUCCUGGACAUCCUCCUCUUUGCCCAAAGGGAGAACGGGAACAGCUUCUCUGACAAGGACCUCCGUGCGGAAGUGGACACCUUCAUGUUUGAGGGCCAUGACACCACAGCCAGCGGCAUCUCCUGGAUCCUCUAUGCUCUGGCCACACACCCCGAGCAUCAGCAAAGGUGCCGGGAGGAGGUCCAGAGCCUCCUGGGGGAUGGCGCCUCCAUCACCUGGGACCACCUGGACCAGAUGCCCUACACCACCAUGUGCAUCAAGGAGGCACUGCGACUCUAUCCACCAGUUCCAGGUGUUGGCAGAGAGCUCAGCAAGCCCAUCACCUUCCCUGAUGGACGCUCCUUACCCAAAGGUGUCAACUUUGCCACUCUCACUCCAUAGGCACUCUGCAGGAAUGCGUGGGAGGCCAGAAAUCCUCAUGUUCUGGGGCAGUUUGUGUAUGUCUCUGAGACUCAUUUCCCCCCUCAAGAAAAUCAGUAUUUCUUUUGUGGUUCAG